CAGAGGAGAGUCUCGUGCUUUUUCAGCUAUUCCAAAAAAAAAGGCAGUCUUCAUCCCUUUUUUCUGCGUUAGGACUUCGCGUGCGGACCUGCCUGACCAGACAGGGUUUUCAUGUUUUAGAGCUGAUGCCAUCAUAGACUCCUCCACCUUUUGUAGCAUCUCAAGUCAUUAAGCCCCCCCACCCCAUCUCUCACUAUCUCUCUCUCUCCCUCUCAGUGGGCGCGUUUCGAAGGCUGAUGCGUGUGCACUCGGCACACACCCCUCUGCCUUUGGGAGCAUGUUGGGUCAUCGUGGCAAAACAGGGCAUGGGAGGCAGUCUGGCCGGUCGUAAGCGUAUCCCAGCAUGCACCAGCUCUUCCGUCUAGUGCUGGGCCAGAGGGACCUGUCCCGCGCCGGAGACCUCUUCUCCCUGGACGACAGUGAGAUCGAGGACUGCCUGUCCCAGGCACUGGAUGAGAUCAAGAACAUCUCCUGCUUUCCGGAUUACCUGACCAAUGACAAUGACCAGGCGGUGGUGGAGAUCUGCAUCACGCGCAUCACCACAGCGAUCCGGGAGACGGGCUCCAUCGAGAGGCACGGCGCCGCCCUGGUGGCUCUGUGGGAGUCAUGCCUGGAGCACAACCUGCAGCCUCAGGGCAAAGACGAGGACACGCCCCACGCCAAGAUCGCCUCUGACAUCACCAGCUGCAUCCUGCAGAACUAUAACCGGGCUCCGGUCAUGGCCCUUGCGGUUCCGGUGGCAGUGCGCUUCCUACAGCAGGGGAACCGGGAACUGAGCCGGAACAUGUCCAGUUACCUGUCGCUGGCCGCCAUCGCCAAGGCUGAGCUCCUCGUCCAACACACCAAGGCCAUCACCCUCAGCGUGCUGGGAGGUAACACCAUGCUGCUUCGCGUCCUCCCCUCAGUUUAUCCUCUGCAGCCAGAGCCCAUCCACCAGCACAUCCGGGAACUGGGGGCCAUGAUGCCUGAGCUUGACCCAGCCAACAGACAGCACCUACUCCGACUGCUCCAAAUGAUCUCCGAACAACAACCACUGGUGUUGACCACUCUGGUGCCAUCUCUGAUCAGUCAUCUCAGUGAUGCCACAUUAAAUGAUGUCCUCCUAAUGGUGCUGGUGGGCAUGGCCCAAGCUAGCCCUGCCUCUCUCACCCCCUUUCUCCCUGCACUGAGGACUGUUGGUCAGCAGACUCCAGGACUGCUGGGACAUGUGGCUAAGAUCCAUGGGGCAGUGGGCUUGACCAGUGAGGAGCAAGCGCGUGAGGCUCUGCUGUACCUGGUGUCUCUGCUAGCAUGUAUGGAGCACAGUGUCCACCACACCCUCCUGCUGGAGAUUCGCAGCCUGACUGACCGCUACACCAACAUCCUCGGCGGAGGAGCCAAGGACAUCUACCGCAUGAGCAACAGCUUCAGCGCCAUCGCCAGGCUGCUGGGACGCAGGCUGGAGGCUGAUAGUGCUGUGGUCAGCAGAGGGAACGAGGAGGUUGCGGACUCUAAGCAGAGUGAGCAUGAGUGCAGCCCCACUGAAGAUGAUGAAGAGCAGCGCUUGCAGGUGAAGAUCCAGGCCUUUGAGGAGAAGAUGGGGGAGGAGGGGGUUGAAGUGGACACUGAAGGGAGCUCUCCAGGACCCCAGAGGCGCCACAGCCUGGGUCAGGCAGCACGGGACGAGCGCAGGGAGAUGAGGUUUAACAGAUCUAAGAGCCUGGCUUUGCACAUCGUCCGCUCACGUUCCACCAACCCUGACAGCGCCCAGGAAGGAGACGGGGUGGAACUGAGCCCUGAGUCCUACCUGAUUGAGACCUCCCUGAGCCCAGAGACUCUCCCUGCCCCCUCUCCUGUGCUGGAGAACCACAGUGACCCCACUGAGAGGCGCAGUGCACGGGACACAGGGCCCCAUAGAGAGACAGAGAAGGAGGAGGCGGUGCAUUUGGAGGGGGACAGGCUGUGGACACAUCUGCGGGACAACAUGGAGAAAAUCAGAGCCUUCUGCUCCGAGAUGAUUAAACAGAUCCCCAUACCAGAGCAGUGCAUCAUUGAAGACACCCACCGUGGUUGUGUGGCUAAGCUGUCCUUCUCCUGCCCUCUUAAGGGUCAUUAUUGUCUGUAUGGAAAGUCCAGUUUUUUACUGUCCAGCCGCCAGCCCCACCUCUGGAUACGCAUCAUGCUGCUCGCUCUGCAGAGUAAGACGAGUGAAGCGCUGAGCUAUGAGGACGUGUGUGUGCAGCAGCUGAGGAAGCUGUGGGAGAAGACUCAGCUGAAAGGAGCUCACAGCUUUGAGCUGGCCGUGACUCACACUACUGUCCCACACAAGAAGGACCUGGACAGUCUGCAGGUCAGUCUGGAGGAGGUGCGCUUCUUUGAUCUGUUUGGCUACAGUGAGGAGGAAGGAGGCUGGCUGUGUUUUAUGUGCAACAAUCCAGAGAAGGCCACAGUUGUGAACCAGGAUGGCCAGCCACUCAUUGAGGGCAAACUGAAGGAAAAACAGGUGCGCUGGAAGUUCAUCAAGCGCUGGAAAACCCGUUACUUCACUCUGGCUGGCAACCAACUCCUCUUCCGGAAGGGGAAAUCAAAGGACGAGCUGGACGACAGCACCAUUGAGCUGAGCAAGGUACAGAGCGUGAAGGUGGUGGCGAAAAAACGGCGAGACCGUGGCCUGCCCCGGGCCUUCGAGAUCUUCACGGACAGCAAGACGUACGUUCUGAAGGCACGGGACGAGAAGCACGCCGAGGAGUGGCUGCAGUGCAUCAACGUGGCUGUAGCCCAGGCCAAAGAGCGCGAGAACCGUGAAGCUACCACAUACCUGUGAGUUUGAAGGACUACUGUUACUACCAGACAGUGCUUUGGCAAUGGGAGUUUGCACUCAGUGGAUGCUGUGGACUCAAACAAUUCCAAAGUGACUUCAUUUAGAUGAGUAUGUGCUACAGCAAAGACUAAACGGACUGUUGGAUGUUCCUUUCCAAAGGCAGAAACUUCAGUUCUGUUGGCUUAAACUUCCAGCCCUUAAUGUCAAACCGCAGGGUUUCCUAACACAGUGCAAACCAGCAUUCUUCACUCCAAGUACUGUGCUGCAACUGAUGGUGAUAAAGCAGGAAAUCUGUGAAAGAUUAGAUUGAUUCUAGUCUGGGGUUGUGCUGGAUUAUCAGUGUGCAGUGCUGUGCAAAAGAGACCAACCUUUCAUUUCCAGUUAAAAUGUCUAGGACAUGUUAUUAUGUUAUUAUUCAGUGUCAGAAAAAAGCUGGAAGCAUAUUUAACAGAACAUUCUAUAAUUAUAAUGUUGCUGAAAACCUCAUGUCCCCAAAAUGGUAACUUUAUAGAAGAGGAAAAACAUUCUGUACUGUAAUGGAAGUUAAGGUAAAUGUUUUUUCCAAGUAAUUCUGGAGUCUUUCUAAUGAUCCAUUCAUCAUAACAUUAUAACAAAGGGGAAAUAGUCACUGGACUUUUCAUUAUUCAAAAAAAAAAGUUGAGAUAUAAGUUUCUACAUGACAAGUUUCUACGAUAGUGAACAACUAGCAUGGCUAAACAAGACCGGCAUAUGCAAAGA